AUGCAGGCCUCCCUCGAGGCGUCGCUGGCGCAGUACCCGGCGGUGCCCAAGAGCACGGAGGCCGUGUCGCGCUACCUCGCGGGCGUGCUCUUCGCGCCGACGUUCAGCGUGCUCGUCUACGAGGGCCGCCUCUUCGUGGACCGGCGGUUCCUCGGCGCGGAGAAGAACCGGAAGCACGCGAACUUCGUGGCGUCGGCGCUCGCGCACGAACACGUGCACAACGCGGCGUACUUCUUCAGCGGCAACUCGACGGGUCUCUGCGACCGCGACCGCGACCGCGACGCGCCCGUCGCGCCCUGCCUGGUCAUCGCCAAGGUCGCCGGCCACGGCAUGCGCGGCGUGCUCGUGCCGAACCCCUACUUCCAGGACGUCGGCUACUGGGACGCCGUGCGGAGCCACGUGCGCGCGCGCGCGGCGACGCGGCCCUUCGCCGGCCGGGACCCGCGGCUCUUCUGGCGGGGCCACAUCAGCAGCUCCUACCACGCGCCGGGGGACCCGCUCCACCCGGAGCCCUGCGCCGACGAGUUCGGCAACCACGCGCGCCUCGAGGCCAUGGCCGCGGGGCUCCGCGCGCCGGAGACCGUCGACGUCAAGUGCUGGAUCCUGUGCCACCCGCGCGACGACCGCGACGAGGCCUGCGCGGAGUAUCCCUACGACGCGACGAUGGCCAAGGCGCGCGACGACCCGGCGCUCGUCACGGACCCGGGCCACGUGGCCAAGGAGAACUUCACGCAGUACAAGUACGUGCUCAACCUGCCGGGCUCGACGGCGGGCUCCUACUCGCGGAACCUGAACCACCUCUGGUUCCUCCGGUCCGUCGUCGUCUUCUGGAAGGCGCCGUUCGUCGAGUGGUACUUCCCCGCGCUCUCCGCGGGAGAGACGCACCUGGUCGUCGACGCGGCCAACGUGUCGUCGACCGUCGACGCGCUGAACCGCGGCGCCAUCGACGCCCAGAGUCUCCUGCGCCAGGCGGACCGCGUCGACGACGAGCUGCUCUGCCCGCGGUGCCUCGCGCGGUACUUCAAGACCGCGCUCGCCGCGCUGUCGCGGCGCUUCUCCCUCGCCAAGGUCUUGGACGACCCCUGCGUCGCCGAGCUCUUCUUCGAACAUCUGGACUGCGCCGGCCUCGACCUCGUCGAGGUCAAGCACACGGUCCGCGCGGCGGGCUCCUACGACAUCGACGCGCGCCGCGCGCUCCUCACGAGCACCGCGUCCGAGCCGCUCCCGGGCGGCGGCUGCGCGGAGCUCACGGCCAUGGCCGGCGCGCGCUGCAACGCGACCCACCGCGACGCGCACCGAAGCGCGCACAAACUCAGCGUCCUGAAGGGCCUAUGGAUGAACGCGGUGCCAUAA